AUGGCAGCCUCCGCGCUGGGCAAGAGGACUCGGAGGUCGACAGACGCAGACCUCGACCUCCCUGCCAAGCGAACGAGGCGGCAGACUCGCAGCUUCGAGAUCAACGAUGAAAACCAAGACCCCAACGAAGUCUCACCCCCGGAGCUUGACUCUUCCCUCGAGGACUCGCCCUCCAAGCGCCACAUCGACAGCGUCAGCCCUGUGAAGUUCCCCAUCACACCUACCACGCCUCGCUUCCGGGACGCUCUGGCCAAGAAUCCUAGCACACCCCGUCAGCGUGUCACGAUCACUGGCAAGUUCUCGAAGCGAUUGACACCGCAGUCACCCUUGACUCCGACUUCUUGCCAAACCGUCUACUACCAGGCGCGGCAACUGUUUUCCCGAAGCUCAGACCCGGGCCAAUUGAUUGGACGCGACGAGGAGCGGGCCAAGCUCCAGACAUUUCUCGACCGGUGCUCAACAUCACAUCCGGGAGGGUGCCUAUAUGUCAGUGGGCCGCCAGGCACGGGCAAGAGCGCUAUGUGCAACGAGAUCACGACACGGUUGGCCACAGAGCAUGGCUCCGUUCGAAAAGCAUAUAUCAACUGUAUGAGUAUCAAGUCGUCUACCGAUCUGUUCAUUACUCUGCUUGACCUCUUGGGAAUGGAGACAGCGAUGUGUGAGGAGGAUGCGGCGUCGUCAUUGGAGAAGGUUUUCAUCACCAAGAAGAAGUCGGCCGACGUCCACCUCGUCGUCUUGGAUGAAGUUGACCACAUUAUGACUCUGGAUCUGGAGAGCCUCUACCGUCUCUUCGAGUGGUCUAUGCAAAAGGGCUCGCGGCUCCUCUUGGUUGGCAUCGCCAACGCUCUUGAUCUGACCGACCGCUUCCUACCUCGCCUCAAGUCUCGAAACCUCAAGCCCGAGCUCCUGCCUUUCCUCCCUUACACUGCUCCUCAGAUCAAGAAUAUCAUCACGAACCGACUCAAGUCGUUGCUGCCAGCUGACACGACCACGCCCGACUACACACCGUUCUUCCACCCGGCAGCUAUUGAGCUCUGCUCGAGGAAAGUCUCGAGCCAGACCGGAGAUCUGCGCAAGGCAUUUGAGAUUCUACGCCGAGCUAUUGAUCUGAUUGAGUCGGAGACGAAGCAAAAGUACGAGAACGAGGCCAAAGAGGCGGCCCUGCAGAUGACGCCAUCUAAGAAGCCGUUGGGAGAGAACAACAAUUUGGCUUCUUCUCCAUCCAAGGCCGACAGGGGUGUGGCAGCCUCGAUCCUGGCGUCGCUCAAGAGCUUGACUGUGGAGAGCGCUCCGCGUGUGAGCAUUGGCCACCUCAACAAGGUUACCGCGGCAGCCUUCAGCAACGGUGCCAACCAGCGUCUCAAGACACUCAACCUUCAGCAAAAGGCUGCUCUGUGCUCUCUGAUGGCUCUGGAGAAGCGAAAUCGCGCCUCCAUGUCUCAGGUGAUCUCGGGCACACCAUCAAAGUCCAAGGUCACUGCGCCCACCAUCAAGACAUUAUUCGAUACCUACUGCCUGCUGUGCAAGCAGGACGCAAUUCUCCACCCCUUGUCGAGCUCCGAGUUCAGAGAAGUGGUGGGAAGUCUCGAGACCUUGUCGCUGGUCACGGCUGUCGACGGCAAGACGGGCUCCUUUGCCGCGCUGCAGACCCCUAGCAAGCGAGGAAGAAAGCCUGCAUUUAUUAGCGGCAACAGCGACGAGAAGCGCGUUGCGAGCUGCGUUGGCGAGAAGGAGAUGGGAAGUGCUCUGGAAGGACCAGGUUCCGACAUUUUGAAGAGCAUCAUGUUUGGCGAAGCAUUGGAUUAG